UUGGAAGUUCUCGACCCCGAACAAAAUUCGACCUUCCGCGACCAUUAUCUCGACGUUGAUUACGAUCUUUCAAACGUUUUCUUUAUCGCGACGGUCAACGUUUUGCACACGAUUCCCGCGCCUUUGCUCGACCGUCUCGAAAUUUUGAAUCUUUCGGGUUAUACCGAGCGCGAAAAACUGGAAAUCGCCAAGCGUCAUUUGAUCGACAAACAAGCGGAAAGUUGUGGUUUAGACCCCGAAAAAGUCCGCUUUACCGACGACGGCGUUCUGGAAAUUAUCCGUCACUAUACGCGUGAAGCAGGCGUUCGCAAUCUCGAAAGAGAGAUCGGUUCGUGCUUGCGGAAAAUUGCGAGAAAAUUCGUCGUUUCCGAUUUGAAAGACGAUUUCCGCGCCGUGAUCGAUGCGGAAAAAGUCCGCGAACUGCUCGGCACGAUUCGUUUCCGCAAGCAGGACAUUGCGCGUAAAUCGGAAAUCGGUCUGGUCAACGGCUUGGCUUGGACGGAAGUGGGCGGCGACGUUUUACAGGUCGAAGCCACGCUCGUCAAAGGCAAGGGAAAUGUCCGUUUGACGGGCAAGCUCGGUGAAGUGAUGCAGGAAUCGGCACACGCCGCUCUAACCUGCGUCAAAACCCGCGCC